UUGACACGUGCCCUUCAAUCAUCAGCUGUUUAAAUAGAUCAGACGGCUAUAAAUCAAAAGUACAAAAAAAAAAAUUUAAAAAAAAGAAAAAGAAAAAAAGGCAUUUCUUUGAUGACUUACCAUAUUAACAUUUUCUUCCCCCGUAUUUUCUCUCUCCUAUUUUCUCCCACCUUCUUUCUUGCUUCUCAUGUUGUUUCACUCAUAUGCUUGAAUAAAUAAAUAAAUAAAUAAAACCCUUUAUAUUUUGAUAUUUUGUUUGAUGAUAUUUGAAGAAAAAGUUAAGAAAUUUGAGGAAGAAACCCUAAAAAGAUUAGAUUUUUAUUCAGGGGAAAAUAGUUUAGUGUGAUUUCAUGAAGUUUUGGAAAUUUUUGAUUUUUUGUUGUUGUUUUUUUGUGGGGUGGUUUUCUAUUGAGGUUUAUGGCGGUGAUAUAGUUCACGAAGAUGAUACAGCUCCAAAGAAGCCUGGUUGUGAAAACAAUUUUGUCCUGGUUAAAGUUCCGACAUGGGUUGAUGGAUUUGAGGAUAGUGAGUAUGUGGGAAUCGGUGCUCGGUUUGGCCCUACACUAGAGUCAAAGGAGAAACAUGCCAACCAAACAAGACUUGCUAUUGCAGACCCUCCGGAUUGUUGCAGUCCUCCCAAAAAUAAGCUUACGGGUGAAGCUAUUCUGGUAUACCGUGGCAAUUGCAGUUUUACUACAAAGACAAAUAUUGCAGAAGAUGCUGGUGCUUCAGCUAUCCUUAUUGUGAAUAAUAGCACGGAACUCUUUAAAAUGGUCUGUGAGGAUGAUGCUGAUACAAAUAUCCGGAUUCCUGCUGUCAUGUUACCAAUAUAUGCUGGUGAAGUCUUGGAAGAUCUUCUAUCUAACAAUUCCAGGGUUUAUGUGCAGCUGUAUUCCCCUAAGCGUCCAGCAGUUGAUGUCGCAGAAGUUUUUUUGUGGCUCAUGGCUGUUGGUACUAUUUUAUGUGCGUCUUAUUGGUCUGCGUGGAAUGCAAGGGAAGCAGCUAUUGAGCAUGACAAGAUUUUAAAGGAUGCAUCAGAUGAGGUGGCAGCUUCUGUAGAAACUGGCUCAGCUGGUUUUGUAGAUAUCAGUACCACAUCAGCACUUCUUUUUGUUGUGAUUGCUUCAGGCUUUUUGGUUAUGCUGUACAAACUUAUGUCAGUUUGGUUUAUCGAUAUUCUGGUGGUUCUGUUCUGCAUUGGUGGGGCGGAGGGUUUGCAAACGUGCUUGGUAGCGUUCUUAUCAAGUUUCAGGUGGUGUAAACAUGCUGCUGGAACUUUUGUUAAAGUGCCCAUCUUUGGAGCAGUCUCAUAUCUGGCAAUGGCUGUUACUCCAUUCUGCAUACUUUGUUCUGUACUUUGGGGUGUUUACCGCCGUGAGCCCUAUGCUUGGAUUGGUCAAGACAUCCUUGGAAUUGCAUUGAUUCUCACUGUACUUCAGAUUGUACGCGUACCAAAUCUCAAGGUUGGCACAGUUCUUCUCAGUUGUGCUUUCUUUUAUGACAUAUUCUGGGUCUUCAUUUCCAAGUCGAUUUUCCAUGAGAGUGUUAUGAUAGUGGUUGCACGUGGUGAUAACAGUGGAGAAGAUGGCAUCCCAAUGCUAUUAAAGAUACCAAGGAUGUUUGAUCCUUGGGGCGGUUACAGUGUCAUUGGAUUUGGAGACAUUAUACUACCAGGAUUAGUAAUAGCCUUUUCAUUGAGAUAUGAUUGGCUGGGGAACAAAAAGAUUCGAGCUGGAUAUUUUUUGUGGGGAAUGACUGCGUACGGUUUAGGUCUCCUCGUAACAUAUGUGGCUUUGAACUUGAUGGAUGGACAUGGCCAACCAGCUCUGCUCUACAUUGUUCCUUUUACACUUGGCACGUUCCUAACACUUGGAAGAAAAAGAGGUGAGCUUAAAAAUCUAUGGACAAGAGGAGAACCCGAUAGGCCGUGUCCGCAUGUCCGACUCCCGCCAUCUCAAUAAUGAGUAUUAUUUAGGGUAUAACAUCAACUAUCAGGGUUCCUUUUUAGAGGGGAUUAAAUCCUUUUGUAAGUUGUAGGAGAUGUAACAUAAUGUUUGGUAUAGUUUUGAUACUUUACCACUGCCCCCAGGGUUAUGUAGUUACCCAGUUAUAGAAGAGAAAUUUCUUUUUACUUAGCUUCUUUUUGUUAUGUUUAUUCAUGGGAUUUUCUAUCUGCACUCCUUCAAAGUCUUUCAUGCACUCCCAUUUUUUAGGGCAUAGAUUGAAACAACUAUGCUCUUACAUAGUGGAGUAGAAGACUUUUCUGGGGUGCAGGUUGAAGUUCCCUCAUUCAUAUGUUUGAUUCUUUCCUUGUCUUUUAUUCUUAUCUCAUGCUCCUUGGAAACAAUGUAAUACAUUCACUUAAGCAGGUUGAUGUUUGAGAAACAUUUGGUGUAUUACUUCUCUAGCAUUUUCACUGUUGGAUUUAUAAAGAGCGUAUCUUCUCAUGUUUACCA